AUGACCAACAUAGCGGAUUCGGUAUUUGAAACAGAGACUGCAGAGAUAUCUCCAGUUAAAACAUGCGAAAUUAUCACUAACAAUAACCCGGCAGUUACUGAAUCGACCCCGUUGAAACAUCUCAGUUGGUCGUACAAUACUUUUACCAACGAUAUGAAAGGGGUUAAAGCGGACAUAACAGUUAUUCAAAAACAAAUAACAUCUAUAAACAAUGUUAAUACCUCUAUCAACGCGAUUAUAGAAUCUAUUAGUAAAGUUUUGGACUCUACAGAAAACCGUCAAAUAUCGUACGACACCAGAAUGGAGACCUUGCUUAAGGAGUUUUCCAUAAUUUUAGACGAGAAAAACAGAGCGAUAAACGAGCGAGAUAUCACUAUUAAACAGCUUCAAGCGAAUUUGUCAGAAAUUGAAAAUGAUAGAAACUCAUUAAAUCUUAAGAAUUCACCAACAAAGCAUGUUUACAAUAAAAGUAAGACUGCAUCGCCGCCAAUGCAGCCCUUGAUGUGUCAAAUGAAUAAUAUUGAGGAUUUAAUCAACUUGUCUAAAAUUAACGAUCUAUGUGAUAUUGAAAUCGAUGUCUUGGGCGAUGCAUCCAAAUCUGAUGAUAUGCUUCUAAGUCCAAAUAAUUCUACUAUAAAGGAACUUGAGGCCUUUAUUGACAAGUCUUUCUAUAGCGCCUCUGUCGAGCUAUCUAAUCCUGUCCAGCCGACGGACUUCUCUACUCUAGCGCAAAGACGCUUUGAAGAAAACCUGCCUAAACCCGAAGCUCAAUUUCUAACAUUUAAAGAAAAUGUUGAAACUCGGCUGCAAGUUUUGUCGUACAAACUCUUUGAACAGAAUAAUACCAUAAAUAUAAAUAAACAAGAGCUAUGCAAAUUGACCUGCAAAAAUUUACAUCUUAAAUCACGUAUCUCGGAGUUGGAGGGGAGCUUGUCGCCAAAGAAUACAACAAAUGGGAGUAGUGACCUGAGCCCGUGUGAAAAAAUAGUUAAAGGAAAUAAUAUCUUAACUGCGAAUAUAGAUGCUUGCGCUAUUUCUAGUCGCCUUUCACCUGGAACAGCUGCAUAUGUCGAUGACAGCGAUGAAUAUGCUAUCUCAACUGCGAAUGCCGAUGCUUGUGCUGUUCCUAGUGACAGUCCACCCGAAAAAAGUGCACAUGCUGAUGACGCUUCGGCCCCUAUAAGUCAACAGUGUGGUGAAGAUAACAACGGAGAAUAUGAUAAAGAGACUUUGAACCGGACUGACAAUAUCGUCAACCCAGAACGCACAAAAAAGCUCGUAAAGCGCGCCAUAAUGUGCAAUAGUAAGUCAACGAUAUGUCAACAGAAAAUGUAUGGGAAAUCCCCUCUUCAGGAUCGGACAAUGCCACAAGAUUGGUUAAAUUAUCUCCCUUUUGUAGAAACCGGUCAAGAGGAAAAUGUUAAUUCGAAUGUUUCGAUGCAACUAGAUUAUAAUCCUACGAGAGAGAAUCCGGUAGAAACGCUACCAUUGACUAAGAUGUCACCUCGGACUAUUUCUCAUAAUAAUACCAACGUUAUUCCCGAUGAAGUUCUACACACGCCUAUUGCGUUACUGGGCGCUGAUUCUAGUAAUGUGUGCAUGGAAGAUCAGUUAAAAGCAUAUCGACGCAAACAUCAAACGGUAAACCGCAUAAAGCAAUGUCUAAAUCCCAUGCAACCCAAAAAGGUUAGUUUUUUUAAAGAACAAUCAAAACCAUACUGUGGUAGAGUUAAUAAAACCCGAUUCCAGACAGAGUAUAACCAGGAGUUUUUUCGGGAGGGAAAUGCGUAUCGACACACGAACGACUGGCUACAUCACUUAAAUCUUGUUCGCCGAUUAACACAAUGACAACACUCCAACAACGGCACCAGGGACCGCACCACCCUUUAACUUUACCUAUCCCUAUCCCUGUACGAAUUACUAACCGAGACACAAUCGCAUCACAGCGUAACCCAAUCGCUAAUGAACUUGUAAAUCCUGAGCAAUUGCGAAAAGUCAGACAUACCAAACAAAUACCAACAACAUUGACAUCAGCCAGAAUUCAUAAUCCUGCAAACUGUGUCCAAAUUACCCUCGCUACCGCGAUGGAAUCAACAGUUGCAUGUGCUCCAGAAAAUGUAUUCGUUCCAAGUGUUCUCCUUUCCAAUGUGAUGUCCUUAGCGCCGAAAACUGAUGAGAUUCAACAUUGCGUUGUGCACGCAAAUGAACGCUUAAAAUUUGAGUCUACGUUACCCUCCACCAAAAUACCAAACCUUUUAAUUUGUAAUCUCCGCUCCCUGACGUCCAAGGUCGACGAACUUGACGCUGUGGUGUCUUUUAACCAAACGGAUAUGGUCUGCAUUACAGAGACUUGGUUAUCUCCUGCAAUUCCUGACAACUUGGUAUCCUUGUCCAAUUUCAAUCUGUUUAGGAACGAUAGACUGGUUUCAAACGGCGGAGGUGUUUGUGCCUACAUAAAUAGCAAUAUCUAUUGUAGACGAAUUGAGGAAUUUGAAAACUCUUCGAUUGAAUCACUGUGGUUAUCAGUGAGACCAAAGAAGCUACCCCGCUCUGUCUCGGUUAUCUUACUGGCUGUUGUUUACCAUUCAACAGCAUCCCGCCAAACUGAAAAUGUAGAAUUGUAUUCACACAUUCAAACCAAUGUGGACUCAUUUUUAUAUUUCCACCCUGAAGCUUUGGUCCGAAUUACGGGCGACUUCAAUUUUAGAAGCACGGGUCUCGAUGCAAACCAUCUUAAAAGAAUUGCUGGUCUGACGCAGAUAGUCAAGGUAGCUACCAGAGCUGAUGUAACUUUAGACUGGUGUUUAACCAACUCAAAG